AUGAACAAAGAAUUUCAUAGCAUGCAGAUGAGUCGUAUGAAUUCACCUGCUAUCGGAAUGGAUGAAGACAUUGGUGCGGGUCAUGCUUUAAGCGAUUUUUUACUUCAACUAGAAAACUAUAGUCCAUCUAUACCAGAUUCUGUUGUUGCUUAUUAUUUGAAUAUGUCUGGCUUUGAAUCGCAGGAUCCAAGAUUGAUUCGACUAAUAGCUCUUGCAUCACAAAAGUUUUUAUCAGAUAUAGCUAAUGAUGCUCUACAACAUUGUAAAAUGCGAACUUCCAGUCAAAUAAAUCAAAGUUCAAAGAACCAAAAGGGACCAAAGGAAAAGAAGUAUGUUAUGACAAUGGAGGACUUAGUUCCAGCUCUGCAGGAAUAUGGAAUCUCUGCUAAAAAACCACACUAUUUUGUU